AAUGAUAAAUACAGCGGCGAAUACCAGCUCUGCACUUUAUUACUCUCCCCAUGUUACAUGUAUUAAUUUCUGAUCUUCACUCUUUUCCUCUAUCAAACAACCAAAGCUAACCAUCUUUUUCCCAUACUUUUCCCCUCUUUCACCGCCAUCUCCGACCCACAACAUUCUACUGGCUAGCUACCUGCAAUUCCCAGAAACUUCACUUCCCCAGAAUCAUGGCUGCCAUGAAGAUGCCAAGUCUUUCAUUGUUCUGCUAGCUACCAGGCUGCUUCUUUAAUUUGCCUGACAAAAAUGGGGAAGAGAGGAAGUGGUUGGUUUUCAUCCGUCAAGAAAGUCUUCAACAAACACUCUUCUAAAGAUUCUCCGGACAAGAAGGAAAAUAAUGUUGCAGAUGAUGAGCACAACAAAUGGACUCAAGAAGCCCCCGAAGUGGUGUCGCUUGAACAUUUCCCGGCAGGGAGCUCCAACGGCGGGGAUUCAUCGUCUCCUGCAGCUGAAGAUCCCGACCACACCAUCUCCGUCGCGCUUGCGACGGCGGCAGCGGCCGAAGCAGCCGCGGCCGCCGCCCAGGCCGCCGCAAAGGUUGUCAGAUUGGCCGGACGCGGGCGCCAAUCCAAGGAGGAAAGAGCCGCCACUCUCAUCCAAACACAUUACAGAGGAUACCUUGCGAGAAGGGCGUUGCGGGCUUUGAAGGGGCUGGUGAGGCUGCAGGCUCUGGUGAGGGGAAACAAUGUGCGAAAACAAGCGCUGAUGACGAUGCGGUGCAUGCAAUCUUUAGUGCGUGUGCAGGCAAGAGUGAGAGCUCGAAGGCUGCUGUUAGUGAAGCAGAAGGUGCAGAUCAAGCAAGAUGAUGGAGAAAAUGAAAGAUCAGUGCAGCCUCGAAGCCCAGAAAAGAAGAUAGAGACAGAUGAUGAUGGUUGGGGCAACGGAAACCUGCAGAACACUGAAAAGAUGGUGAAGAGAGAGAGAGCCCUUGCAUAUGCCUAUGCAUUUCAGGAGAAAGAACAUAAAUUCUUGAAUUUUGAUGCAAAUGGCUACCAUGCUGAGCUGUUUGCCAACGAGGAUCCACGCUGGCGGUGGAGUUGGCUGGAGGGGUGGAUGGCAUCGCAAGCAAAGGAGUAUUCAAGGCCAAGUCAGCAACACGACGGCUCACGUGUAACCAUUUCCACGGUGGAUGACAUGUCAGAGAAGACUGUGGAAAUGGAUUUUCACUCACCGAUGCGAUCAGAGCUUGUUAAAUCAACCAGGUACAGUAUCACUACGGGUGAAACGAGCCCGUACACGGCCCGCGGGCACCGGCAAACGCUUUCAGGCUGGGAUGUGGUCCCGAGUUUCAUGGCCCCUACUCAAUCUGCAAAGGCAAAAGUGCGGACCCAAGGCUCGAACAAGACCCAAAGCCCGCCAUCAGCCCAAUGGAACUCAUCAACAAAAAGGGGGGUGACAACUCUUCAAGGCUCGAGAAGCCCAACCCCGAAAAGUUGUGGUAGACAAGUCAAGUGGAUGCCCAGUUACAGUCCGGAAUCCAGCGGAGAUGAUAGGGUGUCGCCAUUGAGAAGCUUUGGAUGGAGACAUAAUUUUGGUUGAUUAUUAGUGUUAAAUGCCAAUUAAUGUUGGUUAUUGUGUGUAUUUAUGGCUAUCGGUUUGUCAUGUGACAACGUUUGUAUAUUAAUGUUGCUUCUUUGUUUGGAUAAUACAACUUGGUGCACUCAGUUGGUAUGUUUGGUCUAUUAAGAAGCUAUGAGAUAUAAAUAA